AAUAACAUACAUGUAUGUACAAAAGAACCAACUACCUAACGAAAGCAAGCUGUAUCAUCAAACUGUUUAAACAACACAUUGUAACUACUAUUAGGAACAAAGAACAAACUUUGUUUAUAGUUUAGUUCUAAGGAAUCCCUUAAGACUAAAGAUCAAAUUUUUAUUUUCUUGGUUUUAGGUCUACCAACUGGUGGUUACCGAUUCAGACCCUUAACCAUCAAAAACCAAUAUUCUCCUUACCAAGAUAAAAACAACUACCAUCACAAUACCAAUAUUUUGUUCUUAGGAAAAACCCCAACAAAUUUUAUUAAACAAAAAGAAAAAAAGAAGCUUCUGGUUUUUUUUGAAUUUUGAGCUGGUACUUUGAGACCCCACUUGAGAAAAAGUUUGGUAUAAUUGAAAACGAAUAUAUUAUUAUUAUUGUUGUGCUUUUUGUUUUGAUGUAAUUUCAAGAAAUGGAAGGUUGGAGUUGAUUAUUCUUUGCUUUUUUCUUGUUUUUCAUGAUUGUUGUUUGUUUUUGAAUAUUUUUAUGGUUGGUGUCAUUGUUCAAUGAUAAGGAGGGGUUGUUGUGCUUAGGAUCUUUUAGGAUCAGUUUUGUCUCCAUAUUGGGAAGCUUUGGUUUUGAGCCAAUUGGGAGUUUUUGUUUUCAAUCACUCUCUUUGCCCUUCUCUUUCUUUCUUUGCGGUGUGCUCCCUCAGUUGAAAGCACAAAGAUUAGUUCUUUUUUCUUUCCAGGUCCCAAAGAAUUUCUUCGUAAAGUCUGCUAAUGAUUUGUAGUUCAAGCGAGUCAGUCACUUGAGCAGGAACCUGUGAUUCUUGAGACAUAAUAGAGGAUAUAUAUAAUAAUGUCUGCUUACUAUUCAAAUUUGUCCAAUCAAAGAGAUGUCUUGCCAAUGUCUUUUUUGCCAGACCAGAAAUUUGCUUCUUAUCAGUCAACUGGUCAAGUCUCAUACUCGGAGUUGCCUGCUCAGAGCUAUGGUGAAGUUCAAACAAUGAGAGGUAAAGAUGAAAUGUUAUUCAUUCCACCAACCAGUGAAUCGGGAGGUAUGCAACCAAUUAGUAACUUUUUGGAGAAUUCAGUUAUGAUGGAUCCCCGUUCUUUUCCAAUAAAACAACUUCUUGUGCCUAACGGUGAACAAAGCCUUCAAAAUCAAGGAUUAUCUCUUAGUUUGGGUACACAAGUUCCUCCUUCGCUUCAUGUGUAUUCAUAUCAAGAUGACUAUACGAAUUCCAGUCUAUCUUCUCUGGUGGGCACUCAUGUUCUGCACUCAGAGCAGGGAUCUCAAAACAAGGAAUCUAAAGUUUCCGAGUACUUGUCAUUUGAUUUAGCUGGAGGAACUAGAGCUGCAAAUAAUCCCCAAAGCUCCAUGAGCCUCAGAGAAAUGAAUUCUGGUGCACGUCCGCAUGUAGGAUCAGGAGCUGCAGCAGCUAUUUACAAUUCCAAAUAUCUAAAGGCUGGUCAAGAUUUGCUUGAUGAAGUAGUUAAUGUUCAUGAAGCUCUAAAACAAUCAGAUAAACUACGUAACUUCAAUUUGCUUAGUCAAGAUCGCUCUGAAGAAGCUGAUCUGAAAUCUAGUUGUUCUGCUACUGGUGUAUCUGGUGACCAGAAUAAUUCAACUAAAGCUGAACUUUCACCUACGGAGCGACAAGAUCUUGAGAGCAAGAUGACAAAGCUCUUUUCGAUGUUAGACGAGGUGGAUAGGAGAUACAAAGAAUAUUAUCAGCAGAUGCAAGUAGUGGUAUCUUCAUUUGAGAUGGUUGCUGGACUUGGUGCCGCUAAACCAUACACAUCACUUGCCCUUAAGACCAUAUCCCGCCAGUUCCGCUGCUUGAGGGAUGCAAUCAAGAAGCAGAUUCAAGUUACUCGUCGAAGCUUGGGAGAGCAAGGUGAUAGUCAAGGGGAAAGAUUAUAUCGUCUCCGUUAUGUUGACCAGCAAUUGAGGCAGCAAAGGUCCCUUCAGCAAUUUGGUAUGAUGCGCCAGCCUUGGAGGCCACAGAGGGGCCUGCCAGAGACUGCUGUUUCAGUCCUUCGUGCUUGGCUUUUUGAACAUUUCCUCCAUCCCUACCCAAAAGAUUCUGAGAAAAUCAUGCUGGCGAGGCAGACAGGUUUAACGAGGAGUCAGGUGGCGAAUUGGUUCAUAAAUGCUCGUGUGCGCCUUUGGAAGCCCAUGAUUGAGGAUAUGUACAAGGAGGAGUUUGGUGUUGUGGCAGAAGCAGGAUCUGGUGCUUCGCCAGAACGAGUUCCGGUUGACUCCAAAGAAAAGUCAAUAGCUGAAAACACAGGAGAAGAUAUUCCGGAAAGCUUUGGAGAAGAGUCGAGUAAUGUUGUUACUAAUGUACAAAAUAAUUCAUUUACAACCAAAUUUAGCUUUCAAGACGGUGCUUAUGAACAUGAGAAGAUUGAUUGUGGCUCAAGUAAAUUGCAGAGCGAACAAAUUCCCAUUACUCACGGCUUUGGUCCAAAACCGACUAGUGAUGGAAGCAUCAUCGGUGAUGUCAAUUCAUACCAUCCUUCCAUGUUAGGUGAUAUGAUGGGAAAUCAAGUAUCACUCGCUCUACGUCUGCAAAAUAGUCAAAUGGACCAGCAGGCAAUGUCUGGUAGGCCACAGUUAAGAGAGGACGAGAAGGCGGAUUCUACAUUGGACAUUAGCAAAGGAGAGUAUUACUAUAUUGAUCCAGUAAACCAGCAAGAAAGGUUUUCAGGCACUCAUCUGCUAUCCGAUUUUGUAGUGUAAAAAACUUGGUUUCUUGCAUAUAUUUGUUAUAUAAGACCUUUUUGCCACUUAUCGUGUCGAUGAGAAGUGGGUUACCAAAUAUGUAAAUAUACUAGUACUGGAUAAUCCAUUUGUAUAAUAGUGGGGCGAUUGUGAAUUUUAGCAUAGAGUUAGAAUCCUCAAUUGAUAUACACAUAUUGUAAUUUUGUGUUUGAAUAUGAGAAUAAAGCUUGCAGAGAAUUUGAAAUUGUAA